UUGCGAAGUUAGGGAAAGCCAGUCCACCUCUUUUCCUACAGACCUUCUGGAGCAUAGGAGGUUUUGAUUCCUACUCUAGAGGAGGGAGCUAUGGAGGGGCUGUGAGACAGUUCAGCAGCCUCUAGGUCGCCAUGGCAACUGGACAGAAGUUGAUGAGGGCUAUUCGAGUGUUUGAAUUUGGUGGACCGGAAGUGCUGAAGCUCCAGUCAGAUGUGGUCGUGCCUGUUCCACAGAGCCAUCAGGUCCUAAUCAAAGUCCAUGCCUGCGGUGUCAACCCAGUAGAGACAUACAUUCGCUCUGGGACCUACAGUCGAAAACCUGCCUUACCCUACACUCCGGGCUCUGAUGUGGCUGGGGUCAUAGAAUCUGUUGGAGACAAUGUGUCUGCUUUCAAGAAAGGCGACAGGGUCUUCUGCUACAGCACAGUCUCUGGUGGCUACGCGGAAUUUGCUCUUGCAGCGGAUCACACUAUCUACCCCCUGCCCGAGACACUGGACUUCAGGCAGGGGGCAGCCCUGGGAGUCCCGUACUUCACGGCCUGCCGAGCUCUGUUCCACAGUGCCCGUGCUCGAGCUGGGGAAAGUGUUUUGGUUCAUGGGGCCAGCGGAGGAGUUGGAUUAGCUACAUGCCAGAUUGCCAGAGCUCAUGGCUUAAAGGUUUUGGGCACAGCUGGUUCUGAGGAAGGAAAAAAGCUUGUUCUGCAAAACGGAGCCCACGAAGUGUUUAACCACAAAGAAGCCAACUAUAUUGAUAAAAUCAAGAUGUCUGUUGGUGACAAGGACAAGGGGGUUGAUGUGAUUAUUGAGAUGCUGGCGAAUGAGAACCUUAGCAAUGACCUGAAGCUUCUGUCCUACGGAGGACGGGUCGUUGUUGUUGGCUGUAGAGGUCCCAUUGAAAUAAACCCAAGGGACACCAUGGCAAAAGAGACAAGCAUCAUUGGAGUCUCUCUCUUUUCAUCCACCAAGGAGGAGUUUCAACAAUUCGCAGGCAUCCUCCAAGCAGGAAUAGAGAAAGGUUGGGUGAAACCUGUGAUAGGCUCUGAGUAUCCAUUGGAGAAAGCAGCCCAGGCCCACGAAGAUAUCAUUCACGGCAGUGGGAAGACAGGGAAAAUGAUUCUCCUCUUGUGAGACCUGUGUCACUGGGACACCUUCUUCUUCAAGUCUCUGCUGCACCAUCUUUAAACAGUGUUUAUUUGAUUGAGGUUCAUGUAUUAAAAACAUGACUUUAGGGAGUAGACACAGUGAUGUAAUUGCAGAGAGCGGGUGUGCCCAAUGGGGUCUGCAUGCAUCACAAAACUCUUUUGUUCCUUUUUCUUCAUUUUUCUUAAUUUGGUUGGAUGUUUUUGUUUUGUGCUUGAGACAGGAUCAUUCUCUGUAGUUCAUGCUGGCCUUGAACUCACAGUGAUCUUUCUGCCUCAGUCUUCUAAGUGCUGGGAUAAUCAAUAGUAAUGCACACUACUAUCAGACCUGCUUGUCUGAUUAAGUUCAUACCUUUGAAUAAAAUGUACAAGUUCAAAAUGGUCCUCUAUUGAUCUCCCGGGGCUUCCAAGCCUGCUUUAGGGAGUCACCUGCCCCCUCAGCCAUGGCUGUUGUGGGCCCUGAAGACUUUCUGUGCUGGAAAACAUCCUUUUAAAACUAAUGUCAUCUCAGUCGGUAAGCCUCUGGGAAGGGCAAAAAUGAGCAACACCCGGGAGACCUACCGGUCAGUUUUCCUAACAUUUCUGAGAAUAUCAGAAUACUGUAUGCCAGUCCCCAGCCACCUGUGGUCUGGGAGGUCAGCAGCCUUAUCCUGGGUCUGUGGUAUUCAGUACAAACACCCAUCAAAUGCUUCAUGGUCACUUACAGUUUGCUGUAUAUGUGACAUGAGUCUCAUGGUUUCACUUAAAAUGGUAAGUUCACAAAUUUAACACAUUAAGAACUGUCUGCUUUGGUUUUCAUAGUAUCUUAACCUGGAGUAAAUUCUGUAGAGUACUGAA